AGCGCUUUGAUUCAAGUGCGUCUCUAGCAGCCCAUUUUUCUCUUAAUGCAUCCUAAAUCUAAAUCUAUUUUGUUUUAAAAUGGCUUUUCCGAGAGCCCGCAUCAAAAGGUUUAACGAGACUAGUGAUAACACUCCGGGGGUUGGGGCCUACAAUUUAGCUGUGGAGCAGCAUGGCCAGUUGAAAGAUCUUGAUCGAACCAGGUCGCUAACCAGACUAGAUCAUACAAGUAAACAUUUUAGAGAUAAAGGGCUUGUCGCAUCAGCCAAAGGUGAGCUUCCCAAACAUGUUGAAGAACUUCACAAAAAGCUAAAAUGUGCUGAAGAAAAAGUGAUUGACUUAGAAAUUUUGAAAAUAGGGGCAGAUAAAGGUAGGGAAAUGUUACAGAAAGAAUGUGAUUUGAUGCUGGCAAAACUCAAAAAGUUACAGGCUGACAUCAAGGAACUUGAAAGUGAAAAGGCAAACCUAAUCAGUGCUAAAGUCCUGCUGGAGAAAGACCUUAGGGCAUUAGAACAUGAUAAGGAUGAGCUAACUGUUGAGAAAAAUAAUUUGUCAGCUAAACUAAAACUGGUAGAAGUUGAUAUUUGCAACUUAAAGCAAGAAGUCAUGACAUCAAGAAUGAGUUUACAGGCACUAGAGCUGUCCAAACAAGCACUUGAGAAGGAAAUGGCUUCAAUUGAAGAAGAAAAGUUAACACUAUUAAAGGAGAAAGACCAACUGACACAUGCACUGGAUGAAGCAAAAUCUCUAUCCGAACCAUUACAGAUUAAAGUUAGUGUUUUAGAAAAAGAAUUAGAAGUUGUGAAACAGGAAUUAGGAAAAGUCAAUGAUGAAAAGUUCAACAUAGUUUCAAAUCUCCAGCAGACAUCAUUGAUGCUUGAUGAGAGUCAGCUUGAGGUGUCCACACUUCAAGAGAGAGUUGAAUGCUUAAAUAACAGUAAUCAAAUUUUAGAGAUAGGCUUAAAAAAUAUUCAGUCUGAAAAAGAUGAGUUAGUGAGUCAGCGAGAUGGCUUGAUUUUAAACUUGAAUUCAUUAACCUUUAGUGUAAAGGAACUGGAGCAGAAAGUCAAUUGUGUUGAAGAUGCCAAGAGAAUCUGUGAGUGUGAACUUGAAAGGUUAAAAAGUGAGAUUUACAGUUUAAAGGAAACAAAUAAAAAAUAUGAAAAUUUGUUUGAAGAGAAGGAAACACUCCUGUUGAAGCACAUUGAAACAAUUAAACAUUUGGAAACAAAUAUUACUGAACUAUCACAAAAAGCAUCUAAUUUAGAAAAUCUGAAAGAAGAAAGAGAGAAUGAAUUAAAAUCACUCAGGCUUGAAUUAGAUGUGAAAAUUGUGUUGAUAAAUGAACUCACUCAAAAAGAAGAAGUGUUAGAAAAACUUCUGGCAGCUGAGCAAGAACUGCGAGGAGAAAAUCUACAACUGUUAGAUAGAGUGCAAGUUUUAGAAAAUGAAAACCUCCAUUUUGAGAUAAGGCAACAAGAACUUUACAAUGAGAAGAUGCAGUUGCAAGAAGAAUGUUCAACAGUUGAGGAUGGCUUAAGAUGUGAAAUAUCAGCACUGUUGGAAAAGAUCAGUCUGUUAGAAAUUUAUAAAGAAAAAUUAGAAUCAAAAUUAGAGGAAUUUAACAUUGAAAAGACUAAUCUUCUUCAAAUUCAUUUAAAUUCAGAAAAUACUUUAAAAUCUUUAAAUUCUGAGUUGCUCAAUAAAGUAGACACUUUGGAAAAUACAUUAACUGUGUUUCAGAUAAGGCAGCAAGAGCUUUGUAAUGAAAAAGAGCUCUUAGUAGAAAAACAUUUAGCUAUUGAAGCUGACUUGAAGGUAGAAAAUAAAACAUUAAAAGAGAGGGCAGCAUGCCUUGAAGAACAAACUAAUGAGUUAAAAUUAGAACAAGAAAAGCUUUUUUCUGAAAAACAUAUUUUGCUGGAAAAAACUUUAACUGUUGAAACUGAAUUAAAAACUGAAAAUAGAGAAUUGGCGAAAAAGAUUCAGGAAUUGGUGAAAGAAAGACUAGUUUUCCAAGAGCUUAAUUUUGAGAAAAUUCGGGAACUUGAAAAUUGCUUAGCUAUUGAAAAAAAAAUGCAAUGUGAAAAUGCUGAAUUGUUGGAGAGAGUCCAGUCACUGGAGAAGCACAACACAGAGUUUGAAGCAAAGCAGCUGGAGCUUUACAAUGAGAAGGUUGCAUUUCUUGAGAGUGAGAAGGCUAGAUUUCGCACUGAACAGCAAGAGAUUUAUAAGAAAGAACUGGCAUAUUUCAAAGCCCAGCAGAAUAAAAUUUUUGAGGAGCAGGUACAACAGCUAGAAGAUUCUAAGAAUCACUUCAGGCUUCAACAAGAAGAAAUGUACUUAAGUAGGCUCUCUUCAGCAAGGAAGGAAUUUGAAGAAGACAUCAAGAACCAAAAAGAAAAUUUUGAUAAAUUACUGCAUCAAAUGUUAGCUGAAAAGAAAGAAUUUGAAGCAGAAGUCCAGCAGAAGUAUGAGUUGAAGUUUAAUGAAAUGAAAGAAAAGGAAAUUCAGCUUCUUGAACGGGAAAAGAAAGAAUUUGAAGCAGAAGUCCAACAGAAGUAUGAGUUGAAGCUUAAGGAAAUGGAAGAAAAGAAACUGGAGCUUCUUGAACAAGAAAAGAAAGAAUUUGAAGAAAAGAUUUUUGAAUUGAAGCAACACACAGAUGAAUCUUACAAAAAAUAUGAGAAAAUUAUUGGAGAUCUGGAACUAGAAAAAUCCAAAGUCAAUGACAUCAGGAAGAGUGAUCAAGCUAAAGCUAUAAAUGAACUGCAAAGAUUAGAGAAAGAAAUAAAGUUGAAAGAUGCUAAAAUUACUGAUAUAGAAGAGAAACAGUUGAAGUUGACAUUGGACAAUGAAAAACUCCUCGACAUGUCUAAUAUUUUACAAGAUCAAAUAAAAAGUGUUACAGCAGAGUUUGACAAGUAUAAAGAGGAAAAAGAAACUCAGUUUCAGGAACUAGUAGAGAUUGAAGAAAGAAAUAAAGAAUGUCUCAAUACCAUCAUCACUGAAAUGUCGGACAAGAUACAGCAGAUGGAAGAGGAUAGUGCCAUGCUAUUAACUUCAGAAUCAGAAAACUGGAGGUUGAAGUUUGAAGAAUUAGAAAAAAAGAUGGAACCGUUUAAGGAGAUUUUGGACAGUUAUGAGUUGGAACGCAAGCUUAUACAAGAUAGAGACAAGUACACAAAUGAACAGAUUGAAAAAUUGACUAAAGAAGCAAUUAAGAAUAUGGGCCACCAAAAUCACAAGCAAAAAGUGAAAUAUGUUGACAAUCUGAAACAAGAAAACAUCUCUCUCCACAAAAAAUUUCGUGAAGCACAAGAAGAGCUGUACAGACAGAAUGCUCUGGUGAAAAAGUAUAAAGAAAAACUGGAUAAGUUUGAAUGUUCCAAAGAGCAAGGCUUUAAAACUCCAGCUAAGCCUAAGGUUCCACUAAAGGAAGGAAACAGAUAGAAGUCCAUCGCAGUGCCCUAUGUUUAAGUUUGUUAUUGCCAACCUUAAAUUAUUGUAUGCCAUUCUGUUGAGUUUUAUCUUGUUUUGAAAUAUGCCAUUGUUACACAUUGCCUUUUAAAAUGUCUACUUGAUAAUCUUAUCUGUUAUGUCAUCUUUAACAUAUCUUUUCUCAACUAAGAUAAUUAUAAAUAUGUCAUUUUAUAUUAUUUUAACAUGUAAGUCUUGCCAUUUUUAUUGUAAAACUGCCAUCCAUUUGUUUUGAGCUUAAGUGGCUUAAAAAGUUUUUUUACGUAAACAGCAUUUGAGAUGUUCAAUGAAGAAAUAACCAUUGUAGGCCUUUUUUUUUUACUUUUAAGAUAUUAUUUUACCCUUAACAUGUCUAAGCAACUUAACUUUCUAGGUUAACUAUAUAACAAAAAUGCAGGUAUGUAAUCCAAAUGUUGUAUUAUCAGAUGUACAUUUUCUUGAGGAAAUAAUUUCAUUUUACUGUACUUUUUAAAGAAUGGCAUUUCAUUUAUUUUGGUAGUUAAGCAGUUCAAUAAUAAUUUUUAUUCUGACCUCUUAUACAAUUAACUGUAUUGUUGUUUUAUUGUAAGUUAAAAAUGCUGAGAGAUAUUUUAUAUUUAUUCUUGUAAAUCAUUGUAUUUUCAAAUAUUUAUUUCAAUAAAUGGAUUUUUAAA